AUGGCUACUGCAUCCGGGUCUGGAACAGUCGCCAGUGACUGUGAGGAAGAGGACCAGGAUGACCCGUCGUCCUCCCAACAUGAUGUACAAGAUAUUGCUGAUAACUUGAGCCAACUGAAUGUUGGAAAAGUUCAGAGUAAUGACUACGAAGACGAAUUGUCAGUAUUUCGUCAGCAAUGGCAACGAGAAUUGGAGGCUACACCAUCGCCCCAAAGAGAAUCUAAAAAAGUAGUGCAAGAGCUGAAGAACACUGAAGCACAGACUGAUGAAGAGAAGGCUAAAAGCCUGUUUCUUCGCGGUAUAGAAAUGGAGCGAAGUGGAAAGCUAUAUGAAGCAAUACAGCAUUACAAGAGAGCUAUACAGAUCCUGCCUGAUGUGGAGAGGAGACUCUAUGACAGCAGUGACGUUAGAGCUGAUACACCGGCAGAGGAGUCAGACAAUGAAGAGGUGAUCAACCCCAAUGUAGCAGAGGACAGUGAUGAUGAUGAGGCCAUAGAAGGUGAAGAGCUUGUCACUAGGUUUCAGAGGAUUCUUGCCAAAAAAGGCCACCUAUUUCAGAUGCAGUAUCAAGCCAAGGGUUGUCACAUUUCCUGGUUGCCAUAUGAGGUUAUCCAGUUGAUCCUCCGUUGGGUGGUCAGUGCGGAGCUGGACGCCAUUUCCCUGGAGCGUGUGGCCGCUGUCAGUCGAGGAUUCCACGUUGCAGCCAGAGAUAAUGAUAUUUGGAAGCUGAUGUGUGUCAGAACAUGGGGCAUAGAAUGCGGGACGCCCCGCGCCAACGGGUUCGCGAACUGGCGUCAGAUGUACAUAGAGAGGGCGAGGCUGAACCUGCACGGGUGCUACAUCAGCAAGACGACGUACCUCCGACACGGCGAGAACAGCUUCCAAGACCAGUUCUAUCGGCCUUGGUACCUCAUUGAUUACUAUCGAUAUCUCAGAUUCUUUCCCGAGGGUCUGGUGCUGAUGUGGACGACGGCAGACGAGCCAGUCAGCUGCGUGUCGCAGUUGAAGUACCGCAGCGCUAAGCACCACUUGGGUAUCAUGGCUGGCCAUUACAGACUCGUUGGAGAUAAGGUGGUCAUCGUUAUAAAGAAGGCUAGUACGGAGAAGAAGGCGCCGCAAUCCUCGAACACGAGGUUCCGUGCGCGACGCAAAGAGAACCACGAGCAACAGGAACAGAUAUUCCACAUGGAAUUAGAAUUACGCAACGUCCGGUCCCGUCGCAACUGGUCGCUAGUGUGGCAACACUACGCGUCGCGUGCGCAACUACACCGCAGAAGCGCACGAACCGCUCACUUCCUAUCUUUAAUCCGCUUGCAGCACUCACGCGCAGUCCUUUAUGGUUGUAAUUGUAUAAUUUUAAGUGUAUUUGCAAUAUUGUUUUACAAAAUGGAAAUGGCUAUAUUUUUGUGA